AUGGCGAUCAAGAAGGUGAUCGUCGUUGGAGCAGGCCCUUCAGGCCUAAUCCUUGGUCUUCUACUCGCGAAACAAGGCAUUGAAGUCGAACUCCUCGACGCUGGCGCCCAGCUGAACGACCAGCCCCGCGCAGCACAUUAUGCCUCCCCGGCGGCCUAUGAGCUUGAACGAGCCGGUGUUCUGGACGAUGUUAAAGCACGCGGCAUAACACCCAAGGGAUUCGCCUGGCGAAAGAUGGACACCACAUUCGUUGCAGGCAUGAGGCUCGAUGUGUUGCCAGAUGACUAUCCCUACAAGAUGCAAGUUCUUCCGCUGGAUCGCCUCGGAGCUCUAUUGUACGAGCAUAUUCAGCGCCAGCCUACCGCACAUGUGAAAUGGUCUCAUCGGGUCGUAAAGAUCGGUCAAGAUCAAGACAAAGCAUGGGUCGACAUUGAGACGCCGGAUGGCACAGUGCGAUCCGAGGCAGACUAUGUUGUUGGGUGUGAUGGGGCGAGUAGUACCGUGCGGAGGGAACUUUUUGGUCCCGAAUUCCCGGGUGAGACUUUGAAUGCACAGAUCGUUGCCACGAAUGUUUACUACGACUUCGAACGCUUCGGUUACUGGGAUAGCAACUUUAUCGUCCAUCCCACGAACUGGUACAUGGCAGCUCGCAUCACUGCGGACGGGCUAUAUCGUGUAUCGUAUGGAGAUAUACCGGGUCUCACCAAAGAAGAGUAUAUUGCGCGUCAACCUCAGCGGUGGGAAGAAAUUUUGCCCGGGAACCCGAAGCCGGAUCAAUACAAGGUUGUCAAUCUGAACCCGUAUAAACUACAGCAACGGUGUGCGCCGAGUUUUCGGGUUGGGAGGAUGCUUCUUGCGGCAGAUGCGGCACAUCUUUGCAAUCCAUUUGGUGGUCUUGGCCUUACGGGCGGCAUCGUCGACGUUGGAAACCUUUUCGAUGCGCUGAUGGGCAUCCACAAGGGGGUGGCAGACGAAACUAUCCUUGACAAAUAUGCCGAAAUUCGGAAGCGUAUGUGGGAGGAGGUCAUUGAUCCCAUGUCUCGUGAGAAUUUCCGGCGGCUUCAUGAUCAGGACCCGGAUAAAGCGCGGGACAAUGAUGCCUUUUUCCAAACACUGAUCAAAGCUGAGAAGGAUGAAGAUCUUGCAAAAGAGUUUGCUCUGGGGUUGAAUGUGCUGCAGCAUGAUAUGACUCAAUACUAUACCAAGAAAGAUGUAUAG